UAAACUAGGUUGUUAUACUGCAUGCUCUCUGAGACUCUGACAUCAUCCGGGUAUGAGUCCAAUAUAACGUUUCCUAGUUGUAUCGUUGAGCGGAUCGUGUUUAGCCAGUCCGCUGCAUUGACACUGUCCUGUGAAACUGAUACUUCGUGAACGUGGAUGUCGUGAUUCGCUUCGAUGAAUCGUCUGAAGUUCCGCUGAACUGUGAAGCCACGUCGCUCAUUGGCCAGUAUUAGUUCCUUUUGACUACUUCGGCUUCUGCUAUUGGCUGAGCCGCAGUCAGCCUGCCCGUGGACCCGCCUCCUCCCAGCAAAACGGACAGAUUCUGAUUGAUAAUUUAAAGGCAGUCUUUCUGUUCAUCCUUCCAGUGCGCGUCUCCACCGUUUUUACACAAAGUGUUUCAGCCAGCCGGUCUUACCGCUCGACCCAAGCCGACACCAAGCUCCCAGCGGUACCGGGUGAAGCCUCGACCUCAUGGCUUCAUGGCAAACCGCCCAGAUGAACUUCUAGUCACACCAAGGUGGCGUGAAGGCAGGUGUUGAGGACUGUCUUUCUCUCUCUGCCUCAUUCUAUUGUUCUGAGUCAUGGCGACCUCUCUGCUCAGCAGGCAGCUGGUCCUCUCCCUCCAGCAGAACCUCAGGCUCACUGCACCAGGCUGCAGGUAUGCGAGUAAGGCAGCAGCUAAGACUCAGAUGGAGUUUGAAUACGACGGGCCCUCCAUGAAGACCGAGGUCCCAGGACCCCGUUCCAAGGAGCUGACCAAACAGUUGGGAGAGAUGCAGAACGUGGGAGCAAUCAAUUUCUUCUGUAACUAUGAGGAGAGCAGAGGAAACUACCUGGUGGACGUGGACGGAAACCGCAUGCUGGACGUCUACACACAGAUCUCCUCUAUUCCUAUUGGAUACAACCAUCCCUCACUCAUUAAAGUGAUGUCCAACCCCAACAAUAUGAGUGCGUUUGUGAACAGGCCAGCUCUUGGGAUCAUGCCACCCGAGAACUUUCCGGAAAAGCUGGCAGAAAGCCUUCUCUCAGUUGCUCCUAGUGGUAUGAGCCGUGUUCAGACCAUGGCCUGUGGAUCCUGCUCCAAUGAGAAUGCAUAUAAAGCCAUGUUCAUCUGGUACAGAGUGAGUACACACACACUGAGUCUACAAAACAUUAAGAACACCUGCUCUUUCAAUCAAAUGUAUUUCUAAAGCUCAGCCGAUGUCACAAAG